GUCGAUUUCAUUUUUUUUUUCAGGUGGCAACAUAGAUUUCAUUACACAUCACCUUCCGAAAGUUUAGUGGUUUAGUCUAUGGUGUGUGUCCAUUGUUUUUCCACAAUGUUAUUUUUCUGACUGCUGCUGGUGGACGCAAAAUUUUAUCUCGCUGCGUCGAGUGUGGCUUUGUGCUAGUGUUCGUGUUCGAUACAGUGAUUUAUUAGUAAUAGAUCACGAAGAUGUCGUCACCGAGCGCUGGGAAACGUCGGAUGGACACAGACGUCAUAAAGCUCAUCGAGAGUAAGCAUGAGGUGACGAUACUCGGGGGACUGAACGAGUUCUGUGUGAAAUUCUUUGGACCUCCAGGCACCCCAUACGAGGGUGGAGUGUGGCGGGUCCGAGUCCACUUGCCCGACCACUACCCGUUCAAGUCCCCGUCCAUCGGGUUCAUGAACAAGGUGUACCACCCCAACAUCGACGAGGUGUCCGGCACCGUCUGCCUCGACGUCAUUAACCAGGCUUGGACUGCUCUUUAUGACUUGUCGAACAUAUUCGAGUCGUUCCUGCCGCAGCUGCUCACGUACCCCAACCCCAUCGACCCGCUCAACGGCGACGCGGCCGCCAUGUACCUCCACAAACCUGAGGAGUACAAGAAGAAAGUCUCAGACUACGUCCGAAGAUUCGCCACGGAAGAGGCGUUGUUAGAAAAAGACGCGAUAACAGGCAUGGGAGCGACCCCCGCCUCGGGCUCCAAGCCGUCCAACGGCGCGAACAGCGAGUCGGAGUCCUCCAUGUCCGAGUUCAGUGAUGACGAAGCCCAGGACAUGGAGUUAUAACGUUCCCGUCCGCCCGAGGAUUGCUCACUCACUGCCGCUCCGGUUGUCUUCUGAAUUUACUGUGGGGUAAAUAGGUUUUUUUGGUGGUUUUGGGUGACUUGAGUUUUUAUUUGUGGGGUUUAGGUUGAGUUGCGUUUGUCGCGGUGUUUGAUGCGACUGUCGCGAUGUCUGACGCGAUUGUCGCGGUGUCUGACAAAAUUGUCGGAUUGUCUGAUUUUUGGGCAAUACAGUUCAUACGGAUAGUAUAAACUAGCUGAUGCCCGUGACUUCGUCCGCGUGGAUUUAGGUUUAUCAUCUAGUCUUGUCUAAAUAUAUAAAAGGAAAGCUUACUGAUUAUUAUUAUCUGACUGACUGAUCUAUCAACGCACAGCUCAAACUACUGGACGGA